AUCUUCAUCCAUGGCAGCUUUGGCCUUUGCCCUCAGAAUAUCCACGGCCCUCUUCCGCACACGCGUUUGACCUAAGGUCAUCGUCACCAUCGACGCCGAGUCCAUCAAGCUAUUAGGCGGCACAUCAACGAGUUCUGCGCGUCCCAUCCGCCAUCAAUCUUUUCAUCCUUCCAGCGCCACAAGCAUCAGAUACCUUCACCACAUCACAGCUAGUCCACGAUGGCGCCUCACGAUGUUAUCAUCGACGAUGACGAGGACUGCUGUCCCCUCUGUGUUGAGGAGUUCGAUCUCUCGGACAAGAACUUCCGGCCAUGCCCCUGCGGAUACCAAGUCUGCCAGUUUUGCUUCAAUAAUAUCAAAACCAAUAUGAACGGCCUUUGUCCAGCAUGUCGACGACCUUAUGAUGAGAAGACGAUAGAAUGGAAAGUCGUUACACCUGAAGAAGUAGCACAAUUCAAGGCGAAUGUCCAGAAGAACGCUAAGAGAAAGCAAGAGCAACGACAAAAGGAGGCACAGAAGCGCGAGGUGGAAAGUCUGAACAGAAAGCACUUAUCAGGCCUCCGAGUCGUGCAGAAAAAUCUCGUCUAUGUCGUUGGUCUCAGUCCGAAUAUCGCCGAGAAAGAGAUCCUCGAAACUUUAAGAGGCGAUAAAUACUUUGGACAAUACGGCAAAAUCAUCAAAAUAGUGGUCAGCAACAAGAAAGACUCAGGUGCCAAUGGUCAACCACAAUCACUUGGAGUUUAUGUCACUUUUGCUCGGAAGGAGGAUGCUGCGAGGUGCAUUGCAGCAGUCAACGGCUCGCAAAAUGGCGAUCGAGUUCUGCGAGCACAGCUUGGAACAACGAAGUAUUGCUCAGCAUACCUGCGCAAUGAGACAUGUACAAACAAGAAUUGCAUGUUUCUCCACGAACCUGGCGAUAACGAUGACAGCUAUUCUCGACAAGAUCUAUCUUCUAUUAACAGUGUCAACACCCAGCGGCCACUACCAGUCAUGUCAUCCUCAUCGUCGAGUUCCCGACAGAUUGCCCAAGCUCAAGCCCAGGCACCCAUCCAACAAGCACAGCCCAUUGCAGCUGCUACCCAACCCAUGAUGCGUGACAAUAGCAAGGAUGGAUCCGACAGUGGUGAUGGCUCAGCCCUUCCAUCCUCGGCAAGCUGGGCGCAUCGGGGAGUGCAAGAGCGUAGCAGAAGAGGAAGUCAUGCCACCAGCGGAGCAGCGUCUAGUCCUGCAAUUUCGCAAGCUGUACCUGCAAGAGCAGAGGAGGCUGAAGAACCCCAACAGGAACCGUCGCCGCAGAUUUCAAAUGCGUUCCCCUCAUCAGAUACGGUAUCAUCAAACGAGCCACCAGCACCCGAACGAGAUCCGCUUCUAGUGUCAAUAUUGAAGGCUAUUAAUUCAACGGAAGUUUCGUUCACGAGACCGAGCACUACAGGAGUAGAUUCUGGAGGGUUUUCUACCUUUCCGCCCCUUUUCGACGACUGUGGUGGCGAGAAACGAAGGGCUAUGCGUGAUAGACAAGAGGAAGCCAGACUGCACUUGGAGCAAGACUCCCAAGCAGAUUUGCAAUCUAUUGCUGAGCCUUUGGAAGAAGAGGCCCCGGAAAGUGGGAGUCUGCAACUGGGAGGGGAGCCGGAAGACAGAGAUACUGGCCGAGAAGGCAGUAUUCCCCAGAGCUACCACAAUCAACGACGGCCAAGUUCCCAGGCACCUAUCCAUCGAGGGUCCAACGGAGGACCUUUUGGCCCCAGUCUAGUUCAGAAUUUCCCUCUUCAGAACAUUGGCAGCUUGAGCUCAAUCAAUGGACGUACUCUGACUGCACAUCAACAAAACCAGCUCGCCAUGCUGAAAUCCACACAAUCUCAGGGUGGAUUCAUAGAUCAAUACCCUCCCGGAAUGGGUAAUCCUGGUCAGGGCGCCGGUUUAUUCCAACAACAAGGUCACAACAGACAGUCCUCGCGCUAUAACUUUGCCAAUGAUGGAUCAUCUACCUCGUCGUCCGUGAAGCCAUCGGCUAACCCCAAACUGAUGGCGCAGCAAUCUUCCAUGAUGCCGUCUGUGAAUCACGGGAGUCAAUUUUAUGGCUCCUCCAUGCCAGGUCCACCCCCAGGGCUUAAAUCCACAGCAACUCCGCCAAUUGGCGGUAUGUUCGGACAAGGUCACGGAUUUGGAGGGUCAAUGGGCGGUAGCUCCCUCUUUGGUAGCAUUGCGAAGGGUAAUAACAGUGAAUUUUUGAGGGAUAUGCUCGAUAGAGGAGGACGUGUUACAGGCGGUCAAUCGCAUGAUACAGGCAAGCAUGACCAAGGGCUCCCGUCUCUCGACGAGGCAACUUCCUCAGUAGAUGCACUUGUUGCUGAUGAUGAUUCCAUGCCACCCAGCCUGACCAACUCGAAUCAAGUAUCACGCUCUUCGACUCCGUCUAUUCCUCCAGGGUUCAGCGUGCCUCACACACAUCCAGCGCCUACCAUUCGUGAAGAGCCAGUGUCAAAGGCUCCAUCUCGAUUUGUACCAACGUCUGCUCCAUUCACACCGAGUCGUGUGUCCGCCAUCCCCCGUGUUGCUACCCCCCUGUCUAUCGUAUCCGUUCCAGCCAUGCCACAGAGUGCUUCUAAAGCGAAGGGAAAUGCCUCGACUUCUCAGGCAAAACAAGAUGUGAAGGCACUGGCAACGAACACUGGUCUUUCGAAGGCUAUUGCUACGCAGGCCUCCCAGGCUACUCUUCAAACAGAGGACUUCCCUGCUUUAGACAGCGGUAAAGCCAAGGCUGCAGCAACUCUCAAUAAGGCUGUUUCUCACCCUAGAAAUGGGCCAACUGCCAAGCCAAGCAAGAAGCAGUCGACCGCUCAGCCUGGCUCCGCUCCUGCUGUCGCAGAAACAACAGCGAAGAUUUUCGAGAAGGGUUCUGCGCAGACCUUGGACAUCUCGGUGCCUGCAAAACCACCAGGUAAGGGACCUGGUGGUGAUAAGGCCGCCACUGUCAAAGCAGAAUCUUCUACAGCUUUCCCUCCUCUGCCGUCGAGCACACCUGCUGUUACAACAAUUGAGUCGCCUCUCACACGAUCUGCACCGAAGACUUUGCGGCUCACAUCAACGCCCAAGAACGAAACUCCACCAGCUGGAAGCGCAACACCUUCAUCUGUGACGUCUAUGUUUCCCCCCAAUAUCCUUCCCUCACGACAACCUAGUCUUGUAUCAGUUUCAAGGCAGGACCGCCCCGGUACUCCAUCUAGUGAAAUUGUUUCCGACAAUGCUUCGAUCACAUCAGCUUCUAUGUCAAGGGCAAGCUCACCACCGCCAUCGAAGGUUGGCUCUGCUCCCUUACGAAUGACUACAAAAAGCAUGCAAAAGAAGCAGCGACGAGAGAUUCAGAAGGAGAAGGAGAGAAGUGAAUUAGAGGCUUUAGCACACAAGGUUGAGCUGGAACCAGAGAUUGCGCCUAUAAUGGGACGGAAGAAGAAGCAAAAGAAAGAACCGAAAGAGCGCACUAUACACAGCGCUGCAGGUGGUUCGACGCCUGUUGCCAGCAGACCCGUAUCACCUGGCCCUGCGGAUACAAAACCUGAGGAGCCAAAACCUAAAUCAGCUGUAGAUCAAGCAGCUCAUGCUUUGCCAGAAGGAAGCCCUGUCGAGCCAGAAAUCGGCAGGCUCUCUAAGCAGGAAACCAAAGGCAAAGGGAAAGCGAAAACCCAGCACACGAUGUCGCCAGAGCCUCAUCCUCCUGCUCCUGAGGUAGAGGAAGAGAUUACUGAAAAGCCCAUCCCAACUCCGGCAAUGGUCUUCCAAGAGCUUCUUGCCGAGGGUGUCAUAGGCGACACCAGCAGCCUCUCCUUGCUCAAGAACCCUGUCAUGAACCAUCGAUUCGAGACUCCAAUCGACCCCCAGACUAUCAAUCAAAAGCUUACGAUCUCGCCCGAGGACCGAGCAACGCUUCUCGCUGGGACACCGGUGCACAAAGUGGCUGAAGGACCACAUCGGAUCAUGUUAACACCGAAUGGUGAUUGUAUCCGAAACCUCACAACUGAAGAAGAGCAGAAAUAUCUCGACCUGCAAGCUCGAAUUGCUCUUGAAUAUGGCCCUACCUCUUUCAUCUCCGCCAAGCAUCAUGCAGGCAACGGGUUUGCACUCAUUGGAGGUCGAGCUGUGCCAAACGGCCCCCCAUCUUUCUUCCCAGCAGUCGGCAAUGGUACUCCUGCAAUGGACCCAGUCAGCAAGAUCCAGCGCGACGAAGCUCUCAGCUAUAUCAAUCAAUACGUGCUUCCAUCGCUUUCGACCAACUCACAGUUGGAGAAGGCCCUGAAUGCCAACGCUUUGGAUAGCGAGAUCAUUCGUUCUGGAGACAAUGCUGCCUGGUCAUCUUGGGGCGUUGACGCCACUGCACCUCGUCCGGAAGCUGGCAUUGAAAGUGGUUACAAUGCAACCAACCGCGAGGGCAUGAUCGCCACAGGUCUCGAGCACAUGACAGCUCACUUUGCCAUCGGGGGCGGUGGAGAGCUUAACCGCGGCCAGCCUCUGGGCAAUGUAUCUCUGCUCAGCUUAUCCGAGUCUGAGGGCGCAAUGCAAAUAGCUCGCAAGGAGACGGAAGGUCUUGAGAAGAAGCUGAAUGCGUUGAUUAAGAAGAAUAGGAGGCUAUUACUCCCUAGUGGGCAUUGACCACUAACGAUCGGGCUGAUGGCUGUCAUUCUUGGCGCGUUUGUUUUGCUAGCGAGGAUUGUAGCGGAAGUGAUUUUGCAUGUUGUGAUGCUUGGGGUGGAUGCUUUGGCUGUUUUGGUGUGGAGGGAGGAGUGUUGGGACUAGAUUUCCUGCUUGUUUAUUUUGGCAUCUUUUUUAGAAUGAUUGGUCAGGCCUGGCUAAGCUGUGUAUAUGCCUGUAUCGUUGUUUGAGUAUCGCUAUUGGGAGUUUAAGGUGAGUUGGGUGGUUUGGAAUAAUUUGUAUAUGGGCGGGCCAGGAGGAGUAUUAUUAGGCGCAGAAGAUGGAUGCCGGGUGUAUGAAUGGUGUAUUGAAUAGAUGUCUUUGUAUACCAUUACGCUGCAUGUGUCAAUCAAAUAGAUUGACUCCCAAGUAUGAAACUUAUCAUGUUCAUAGUUAGGCUCUGCAUUAAUGACACUAUCGCUCUAUCUGCUCUAUCCUUCGAAAGACGUAUCUGCGUACAGUCUUAACCAUGUUCACAGCGGUAUGACACUUCCACAUUUUGAAGAGACGACCC